GACUAAUGGAAACUUAAGUCAAGAUCACUCUAGAGAAAAUACAAAUAAUUUGGACAAUAUACCUUCCACAUCUUAUUCAGAUUAUAUGGACAAUGAUGAAGAUAUUAUUUAUCAUAUCAAGUAUGAUGAAUACCCAGAGAGCGGCAUUGUAGAUAUGACUGUUCGUAAUCUACGCCCGCGAGCAAGAACUAUUUUGAAAUGGAACGAAUUACGUGUGGGUGAUAUGGUAAUGGUUAACUACAACGUAGAGAGUCCUGAAGAAAGAGGAUUCUGGUUUGAUGCAGAAAUUACCUCUUUAAGGGAAAUUUCAAGGACUAACAAAGAAAUUUAUGGCAAAAUUAUGUUGGGAGGCCCAGAAAAUAUAAUAAAUGAUUGCAAACUACUUUUUAUAGAGGAAAUAUACAAGAUUGAAAAGCCAGGAGCAUAUCCUCUGACAUUUGCAGAUGGAGAGUUCAAAAGAAAGAGGGGCCCUGAAUGCAAGCAUUGCCGAGCUGAUCCAGAUAAAGAAUGUCGAUUUUGCUCCUGUUAUUUGUGUGGAGGGAAACAGGAUGCCCACAUGCAACUUCUCUGUGAUGAGUGUAACAUGGCCUACCACAUAUACUGCCUGAAUCCACCUUUAAGCAAGAUACCUGAAGAUGAAGACUGGUAUUGUCCUUCCUGUAAAAACGAUUCCAAUGAAGUUGUAAAAGCUGGGGAAAAACUCAAGCAGAGUAAAAAGAAAGCAAAGAUGCCAUCUGCCUGCACAGACAGCCAGCGGGACUGGGGCAAGGGUAUGGCCUGUGUUGGGCGUACUAAGGAAUGCACUAUUGUUCCUUCCAACCACUAUGGACCUAUUCCUGGAGUUCCUGUUGGAACAACCUGGAAAUUCAGAGUGCAGGUGAGCGAAGCAGGUGUCCACAGACCUCAUGUUGGUGGAAUUCAUGGUCGUAGUAAUGAUGGAGCAUACUCCCUUGUGCUGGCUGGAGGAUUUGAAGAUGAAGUGGACCGAGGUGAUGAAUUCACUUAUACUGGGAGUGGUGGGAGAGAUCUUUCUGGCAAUAAAAGGAUUGGAGAACAUUCAUUUGAUCAAACUUUAACACAUAUGAACAGGGCACUAGCCCUAAAUUGUGAUGCCCCACUGGAUGAUAAGAAUGGAGCUGAGUCUAAAAACUGGAGAGCUGGUAAACCAGUUCGAGUGGUUCGCAGCUCGAAAGGGCGAAGGAUCAGCAAAUAUGCUCCUGAAGAAGGCAAUAGAUACGAUGGCAUUUACAAGGUGGUCAAAUAUUGGCCAGAAAUUGGAAAGUGUGGAUUCUUAGUUUGGCGCUAUCUUCUGAGAAGGGAUGAUGCUGAACCUGCACCUUGGACUUCAGAAGGAACUGAACGGUCAAAGAAACUGGGUCUGAGUUUACAGUAUCCAGAAGGCUAUUUGGAAGCCAUGGCUAGUAAAGAAAAGAAGGAUAAAGUCAAAAAACAAAUUGUGAAGCCAGAGCCAACAGAACAGAGCAAUGGAAAUCGAAAAAGACCAGUCGAUGAUGAAGCUGUAGAGGAACCUCCAAAACCAGCCAAAUCCAGGCGGAUGGGAGAUGGUGGGAAAGGUGAAGCUUUCCAGCUGACUCAGCAACAGCAGUGGUUGAUUCGUGAAGACUCUCUAAACCAGAAGCUGUGGGAUGAAGUUCUUGCUAAUCUUAAGGAAGGGCCAAAUUUUUUGAAGAAACUGGAACAAUCCUUUAUGUGUGUCUGCUGUCAGGAGCUGGUUUACCAACCGGUGACCACAGAGUGCCUCCACAAUGUCUGUAAAAGCUGUUUACAGCGCUCUUUCAGAGCUGAAGUCUUCACCUGCCCUGCUUGUCGACGUGACCUUGGAAAGAGCUACAUCAUGGUUCCCAACAAGAUCCUGCAGACACUACUUGACCAGUUCUUCCCUGGUUACAGCAAAGGACGAUGAUACGUGAUCCAUCCCACAUUCUUCUCUUAAUGACUUAUAGACUGUAAAAAGAGAAGAAGCCAGGAAAGCUCAACAGUGGACCAGAUGGCUUGAGAGAAAUUCACUUUAAGACCACAUUGUGAAACAGCUAAUCCAAUUCUGUUUCCCAUUUAGC